GAUAUAUUAACACUAAUUACAGUGUCUCAUACCCUCGAAUGUAAGCCAUGUUUAGGUCUUUCAUCAGCAGUUUCAUUCGUCUUCGUCGUAGUUUUUUGGUAGUGAUGAUCUUAUUUGCAUUUAGUUCGGCUGUGAAAGCACAGUUGAGUACGGAUUUCUACCAGCAAUCAUGUCCAAAACUUCUCCAAAUCGUCCGGAAAGAGGUACAGAAUGCUAUCAAAUCCGAAAUGAGAAUGGCUGCUUCUUUGCUUCGACUUCACUUCCACGACUGCUUUGUCAACGGUUGUGAUGCGUCACUACUACUCGAUCUAACUGAUGGCGAGAAGUCUGCCAUCCCAAACGUGAAUUCGGCGAGAGGGUUUGAAGUUAUCGACGCAAUCAAGAGCUCCGUGGAGAGUUCUUGCAGUGGAGUUGUUUCCUGUGCUGAUAUACUAACUAUAGCUGCGCGAGAUUCUGUGGUCUUAAGUGGAGGAAAUUCAUGGAAAGUUUUGCUGGGAAGAAGAGACGGGUUAGUGGCAAACCAGACAGGAGCAAAUGCUGGACUUCCUUCUCCAUUUGACACACUGGAUGCCAUAAUUUCCAAGUUCGCCAAUGUAGGCCUAAAUGUCACAGACGUAGUGUCCUUAUCAGGAGCUCACACAAUUGGGUUAGCAACCUGUCGAACCUUCAGCAACAGAUUGUUCAACUUCUCAGGAACAGGUGCACCAGACAGCACAUUAGAUUCAACUAUGGCAACUGAUCUGCAGAACCAAUGCCCUACGACGAGCGACGGAUUCAAUACCGCGCCUCUUGAUCGGAACUCGAGAGAUCUAUUCGACAACCAUUACUUUCAGAACUUGCUCACCGGAAAGGGCCUUCUCAGUUCUGAUCAGCUGUUAUUUUCCGGUGAUGCAGCCGAAACAACAAGUACCAAAAGCUUGGUCCAAAGCUAUAGCUCUAAUUCCAACCUUUUCCUGACAGAUUUUGCUAAUUCUAUGAUCAAAAUGGGGAGUAUAAGUCCACUCACUGGGUCUGCUGGAGAGAUAAGACAGAACUGCAGGGUUCUUAAUUCUUGAAUAAUUAGCACAUAGUCCAAAAGUUUCAUGUAGACAGACCUAAGUAGUUUUAGUUUCCACAUAUAACUUUCAGUGAAUAAUGCCUUGAGAAACAAAGUUAUUUUGUGACUCUUCAAUCAAUUAAGCAAAAAUAUAUGUGUGUGUACGCUAUAUAUGUUCGAUCAUGAGCCAAUUGGUAUGAUUUAUAUAUCAAAUGAGUUAUGAAGUCAAGAGUCAUAUAUUUACGCUAUAGAUGAUUUAACAUGCACCAAAAUCGUCAAGUUCAUAAUUAUCAUGCAACACAGAACCAAAGAUAAAUAUGUAAAAAUAGACCAUGAAUGUACAUAAGAAUCUGGGUUUGUGUAUUCAUGUGAUUAGAGUGACCUCUAAUUCAUUAUCGAUCCAUAUACCAUAUUAUCCAUA